GUGCCACCCGCGGAGAUGAAAUGUGAGCCCGGGUGGCCCAGGACGCAGGAGCCGGCUGCCUGGUCUGCCGCCUGAGCGCUGCGGACAGAGACAAAGAGACCCGUCCCAGCGCAGCCCCGCGCGGGCCAGCCCGGGCUCCCCUCGGAAGGCUCCCAGGGCAAUGGCCCAGUCUCCCCGCGACCCCCAUCUCGGGAGUGCUGCCCUCCCCCUCUGAUCAUCCUCCAGCCCCUCCGCGUCUCGGGCCCUCCCUUCGCUCCCAGCCCUCUUUCCAGUCUGUCUGUCCGUCUGUCCUGGCGCGCAACCUCCGGCCACCGGCUUGGAUGGACGCGCGGAGGCUGCCCGGGUGUCCAGGGAUCUUGCUUCCGAAGUUGGUCCUGUUCUUUGUCUGCGCAGAGGUUUGCCUUGCUCAGUGUGGGAAAGACUGCAGAUCUUACUGCUGUGAUGGGACCACGCCCUACUGCUGCUCCUACUACGCUUAUAUUGGGAAUAUCCUCUCGGGCACGGCAAUUGCUGGCAUAGUGUUUGGAAUUGUAUUCAUUAUGGGGGUCAUCGCUGGAAUUGCCAUAUGUAUCUGUAUGUGUAUGAAGAACAACCGUGGGACCCGGGUGGGCGUCAUCAGGACCACCCACAUCAACGCCAUCUCCUCCUAUCCUGUGGCACCACCCCCCUAUAGUUAUGACCAUGAGAUGGAAUACUGUGCCGACUUGCCACCUCCCUACUCCCCGACCCCACAGGCUUCAGCACAGCGUUCUCCACCCCCUCCUUACCCUGGAAAUUCAAGGAAACAAUCCUUCUCCCAGAACAGAAUAUGUGCCAAUCAGAGAUCUUGCCUGGAAUAGAAUGCCUCUACUCAGAAACAGGAAAGUAUUGCUCUAAGGAAUACUUUUUUGGGUCAAACAAUAUGUCAAGUGGAAUAUCCAGGCUAAGAAAUACUGAGUUUUUACCCUUCUCUGAGCUGACCCCAUCUGGAGUACUGUUUGGGUCGAUGGUACCACACUUGAAGAGAUGUACUGAUCAAUGCAAGCACACUCUGAGAAGAGUAAUGAGACAGACAAAACAUAUGAAAAUCAUAUUAUUUAGGAAACUGCAAUGCUGAUCCUGGAAAAGAGAAGAAUGAUAUAAGAGAGGAGGAGAACAGCCUGGACUACAUAAGGAAACAACCAUAUUCUGUGUAGCUUUAAAAGUCAGAACUAGAAUUAUUCAUUCUUUUAUUCAUCAAUAAAUACUGUUCAAGUGCGUGAGAGCCUACUCUGUGCCUUUCACUGCUUAAAGCACUGGAUGGAAGCUACAGGAACUUUGGUUUCCGUAAGAACAAGGAACUUUGGUUUCAGGAAAAGAAAGAGGAGUUGGAGCAUCCUUAUUGACUAGAUUGCUUUGUGAAGUUCCUUAUUACCAAGACUUCAAACAGAAUCUAUCUGGUAGAGACAUGUUCUAGAAAGAAGAGCUAUAUCAAAUGGUAGAUGGGUCCACUGGGCCCCAAACAUUCUGCUCAUGGGUUAGGUAAGUGUAAAGUAAAUUUCUAUGCCUCCAAGAAUGAAAACAACUAGAAUAGUUAAAUCUUAUCUAUUUAAUUUUACAGUUAAAACAGGAUCAAAGGGACUCAACAGCUGCUCGAAGCCAAGAACCCUUCAGUGCUAGCUACUGCUACCUAAAAAUCAUCUGGCUUUAAUUAGUGUUUUAUUAUGACAAAGGUUAUUCCAACUGUGGGGGAAAAAAAACUAUAUCAGGUUCCCCAAGCAACAGAUACUUCAUUUCAGAUUGAAAGAUUAGAAGCCACAUAUUCCCAUGGGAUUUUACAUCAGGGAGUAAAACUGUAGAACUUGACAGUGAAGAUAUAUAACAGUUUAUGAAAAGAAAAAGGGAGAAUGAAAUUUGUAUUCUGUUCUGUGGAAUUCCGAUCAUAUGUAGCUUAGACAGAUUUGUUUCUCUUCUGUAAUGUUUUGAAAAUCUGUUCCCUUGAAGAAUAUAUGCAGUUAAUAGAAAGGUUAAGAUAUUGACAUCAAACUGUUGCCUUUCACCAAAAUCCAAAUGUUAUGAAGUGCCUACCUUCAAGUAUAAACUUUUUUGCUAAAUGAUUCUAAUGUCCUGUAUUUUUCUGCAAGUGACCUUAACAUUUAUAUUUUUAUGUGAGCCCUUUCAUGUAUUUAAAAUUUACAUUGACAAAAUGUUGGGGGAGAGUGAUGGCAACAUACAUCAUUCCUGAAUUUGUUCCCCCUCACAAGAAGAACAACUAACAACUAAAAAGAAGACACCACUGAGAGAAUCCUAGAACGCAGGACUGAGGAUGAAGAACCCUCCCCACCCUGCAAUUCAGAGACAAAGACAGACUGUAUUAGAGGGGUAAGAGAAGUGACUGCAUGUUGACCGUAUUGCCCCUUCCCCAGGACAGUGCAGCACCAUGGGGACAGGUGUCUCCUGAGCCUCCAGUUCCUCCAGUGGAAAAAAGAACCCAAGGGGGAGCAACCACCACUGCCACCCCAGCAUUGUGGGUCACUCUGUGAGCACCCUUACUCUCUCAUACCACUAGAAUUGCAGGGCUCAGCCACUGGAAAUAUAACUAUGACAGGGUGGCACUUGAGUUGAGAGAAGAGCAGAUGAGCCAGUAGUUUUCUAGAGCCAUUGGCCUCAUUUGGCCAGGGAACUUAAGGCAUGGGUCUUCUUGAGGUAAGACAACAAAAAGCUUUACCAGUUUUACGGCUUCUUCUUCUGUUGCACACGGAAAAGAAUCUAAUUCAUGGCCUUGCUCAUUGCUGAAUAUAGCCUUCAGCUAUCUGACCAGGGAGUCUAACCAGAGCACACAGGAAACACAUAGUCCAUCUAACAGCCCUACAUACAGUGGUGCUUCAACAGGGAGCACAGCCCGUGGCUUCUCCCAUCUGCAGAGCAUCACCGACCAGGGAAUUCAGUGGACGCUCAGGCCUGAUUUGAAGCCCCCAAACAAUGAUUUCUAUGGGCCCCAAACCUUGGCUGCUGCCCUGCCAGAGCAGGGAAGCAGGGAACAUAACUCCAUCUACUACUGAAUAUAGACCCAGUCCCAACCAUCUGGUAAGUCUGAGCAGAGACUAAGGCAAGUGAGGACCCCAUCCUACAACCCCACUUGGAUAGGGACCCAAGCCAGCAGUCAUAUCCAACUAUUUUUAGCCAGUGGCACAAUACUGCAUCCCUGUCCUCAGAACUUGAGUAGUUGCCUCGCCCAAAGCAGUCCAUAAUAGCUCUCUGCCCAAAGACAUUACCAACAGACACACCCAGAAAAACAAAAUGAGCUGCCUAGUGAAGAGCUAUCUCUGCCAAAGCAAACCUAUAAGUCUGGAAAAAGAGGUCAAUUACUCAAAUACUCAGAUACCAAUACAAGAAAUCAAGGAUCACGAAAAAUCAGGUAAAUAUGACACCAUGAAAGGAAACUAAUAAAGCUCCAACAACUGACCCUAAAAAAAAAUGGAAAUCUAUAAACUAUCAAAGAAUUCAGAACAAUUCUCUUAAAGAAGUUUAGUGAACUUUGAGAGAAUGGAGACAGACAACUAAACAAAAUUCGGAAAACAAUGCAUGAACAGAAGGAGAAGUUUGACAAGGAAAUAGCAACCAUAAAAAAAAACAAAAACAGAAAUCUUAGAGUUGAAAAAAACAAUAAAGGAACUGAAGAUUU